ACCGCAAAUCAAGUUUCAGCACACGCGUGGGACCUCCGCCACAAUGACGUAGGGCAGGCAUGGCGGCUGCUCCAGCUUGGCCUGGCCAGUGGCUACACCAAAGCCAAAGUCAAACCAAAAUUAUACAUAGCCCCUUCGCUAACCGAACAGUUAAUUAAGCUUGAUCGUUCCCCCCACUACCUUAUCCUCUCCAUUCCUUCAAUUCACACAACUGCCCCAUACAGCUCGACAACCAUGCUCUCCUACAUCAAAACCUUCAAACCGAACGUCUCAAAGGACAAGGGAAAAGCUCCAGAGACUCCCGUCCCCGCGGCAGCGACCUCUGCCCCCGCGGCGGCGGCAUCGACCGAAGAGGCACAGAGCGACGACACGAAAUCACCCGCGCUCUCGCCCGCCGACGAAACGUUCCUUGCCGCGGAGCUCGAGAAGGCGGACGAGCCCAAUGUGAUCUUCCCAGGGUCUGGGGAGACGUCGGGAACGACGACGCCCGUUGAGACUGCUACGCCUGCUGAGCCUGUGGUGGUUGAGCCGGAAGCUAAGGCCGGGGAGAAAACUAAGGGUCCCAAGACGGAAGAGUUGAUGGGCGUGAUUACUGCGCGCUGGGACGGCUUGAAGCGCACGGUCUCCUCGGCGGCGGUGCAGCAUCGCAAGAAGGCGGCCGAGAAGGCGGCUGAGGAGGCGGCGAAGAAGGAGGAGAAGAAGGAGGAGAAGAGGAGGCUGAAGGAGGCGAAGGAGUUGGAGAAGAAGAAGUACAAGCGUCCCGAGGAUGAGCUCACUGACGCACUGGAGCAGCUGAAUCUCACCGCUGAAGAGGGCCAGGCAAUCGCCCUCUCGAAAGAAACCAAAAUCCUCCUCGGCCAGUUCACACAGAUUCUCAAAGACAUUGGCAACGGAGCACCCACAGCGUACGGCGAUCUGACAUCACUCCUCGACACCAGCUCCACGCAACUCGAGGAGACCUUCACGGGACUCCCAUCGUUCCUACAGAAACUGAUCAAGACACUUCCCACGAAGCUGAAGCCCGAGCUUCUCCAGGCCGCUGCGGCCGCCUCGCCUGCUUUGGCGACGGAGGGCGGAUUCAAGGCGCUCGUGACGCAACCGGGCGCGCUGAUGAGCUUGCUCAAAGGCGUCGUCAACAUUCUCAAGCUACGGUUCCCGAUGAUUUUGGGUGCUAAUGCUGCGUUGAGUAUGGGGUUGUUCGUGGUCCUGCUCGUGUUGUGGUAUUUCUACAAGCGCGGAAAGGAAGUGCGGUUGGAAAAUGAGGAGAAGGACCGCGUCGCCGCGGCCACACUGGCAGAGGCCGAAGGGGAGGCAUCUGCGGCAGCCAGAGUGAGCGGUACUGAACAGGAUCUUCAGGGUGGAAGCAAGUACUAGACUUGAUUUGAUAAUCGUCUGUUGUUUUCGUUUGAUGCGGGAUAUGAAUUCACGAUCUGGGGUUCGGUUUGCAUUGGAGUUGUUUGUUUGUUUUCUUUUUCUUUGCAGGUUUCUUUGCUUCAAAUUAGGUAGGCACUUUGAGAUAUCAGCGUGGUAGUGGGAUGGAAUGGUAGGCAAUAAGACAUGAUUUCGUUUUGAACGGG